CAUUUUGGAGCCAGAUAAGCGUUGACGGAAGACACUGGAUUUAUGUUUAAUACAUUAGUGAUUUGCAGGAUUUAACAGUACUUUCUCUCAUAUAGCCUAUAUACCAAAACAUUACUUUUCUGAAAUACAUUUGAGUGUUGUCGCCUGCGCAUAGCCGUCGGACUGGCCUAUUGGGCAUUGUUUUUGGGGGCGACUGUUAUCCAGCAUAAUAGCGAGACAGAGGAAGAGAGAAGGGCACUUAUUCCACGAGCCUCUUUAGCCCGAACGGACAUAAAUCGAGAAUAACAUUCGUAAUUACAACCAGAUAAAGGUAGAGAGUCACGGAUACGUCUGGUAUCCAACAACAAGUCAACCUUCAGCCUAUCAUUAUUUUAUUUUGGUGAUCUUAUACCGAGAAAAUUACCGUCCGUGUUCAUGCCAGAUCUGCAGCGCUUUAGUUUUCCAUACCAUAGUAUGAAUCCUUUGUUAGAGGCGAACUCGCUUCUCCAACAUCAACAGCAGCAGAACCAAGGAGGACAGAGUCAUCCGGAUUCCCCCUCAGGCCUUCUGCCCGAAUCCGUCUUCGGCUCGCUCGACCCGACGUCUUUCUUCCUGGGCGACCAUCCCGGACUGGGCUCGGAGACUCAGCCAGGGUUCGAUUUCACCACACCCUCACAAGCCUACCUGCAUCUAAACCACUCUUAUCACCGGUCUGUGCCCCAACCUCCUGCAGCGAUGGCCCUGAGGAACGACCUGGGCUCCAAUAUCAGUGUCCUAAAGACUCUGAACUUACGGUUCCGAUGCUUUCUGGCCAAAGUGCAUGAACUUGAGCGAAGGAAUAAGAUUUUGGAGAAACAACUACAACAGGCGCUGGAUGCGAAGAAUAGCUGUGAUGGGGGUUGUUCUGAAAGCGCUAGACGGGCCCAUACCCAAGAAACAGGUGUACAGACCGGGUUUGUGGGAACUAUCCCUCUCAGGCCCGGGUCACUCCCGUUCCAAAACACCAACAACUCCGCGAGACGACCCACUACCCUCUUCACACCUGCCCUCAACACUGUCUUCACGCUUGAGUCCAACAACAAAGCUGGAACAAACCCCACCGAGCCGAAUCAGAAUCCGACCAUCACGGUAAGCCAAUCAACCCCGACAAUCGACUCUCCAGCCGGGUGCAAUUCAAUCACCAACGGGAAAACGGUUUUUAGUACAGGCACUGGAACCCCCACCAACCCGCCUCCCCGGUUCCUCCCCGGUACUAUCUGGUCCUACAACCAUACCCGCAAGCUCGGUUCUGGCGUGGAGACGCGCGUCACCAGCCCCGGUGUGUCCUGGGUCCAGCCGGACGGGGUCGGGGUCCAGAUUGAUACCAUUACCCCGGAGAUCAGAGCCCUGUACAACGUCCUGGCCAAAGUCAAGAGGGAGAGAGACGAGUACAAACGCAGGUGGGAGGAGGAGUACACUGUCAGAGUGGACAUGCAGCAGAAGAUGGAAGACCUACAGGAGGACCUCCAGGAGAGCGAGGGCUGUCAGGAUGAGUUGGCUGUCAGAGUGCAGCAGCUGAAGUCUGAACUGGUGCUCUUCAAAGGCCUCAUGAGCAACAACAUGUCUGAUCUGGACAGUAAGAUCCAGGAGAAGGCCAUGAAGGUGGACAUGGACAUCUGUAGACGCAUCGACAUCACGGCUCGCCUGUGUGACUUGGCCCAGCAGAGGAACUGUGAGGAUGUCAUCCAGAUGUAUCAGGUCCCUAACACCCAGUCUGCCAUCAACUGUCGCCCCCGGAAACAGACCCCACUGUCCGUCAACAGUAGUGAGGGUGAUGAGACUAUCAGCACCUCGGAGAGCGAUGGGGGCCUGCCCAGAGAGGAGGAACUCUGUGGCUCGUCAGCCAAUCAGAUCAAUGAGGAAAUGCAGAGGAUGCUCAACCAGCUGCGGGAGUGUGAGUUUGAAGAUGACUGUGACAGCUUGGCCUGGGAGGAGACAGAGGAGACUCUGCUGCUGUGGGAGGACUUCCCAGGAUGCACUCUGGCUCCAGAGACCACCCACCAGCCAGGAGAGCAGGAAGACCAGUGUCUGGAGAAGGUGAUUAAUGACACUGAGGACUUAUUCAAAUCCAGGGAGAAAGAAUACCAAGAGACCAUCGACCAGAUUGAGUAUGACUUGGCUACAGCUAAGAGUGAUAUGAACCGUCACCUACAUGAAUACAUGGAGAUGUGUUCUAUGAAGAGAGGCCUGGAUGUGCAGAUGGAGACCUGCAGGAGACUCAUCACCCAGAGUGGGGACAGUAAGCCUGGCUCUCCUGUGGCUGUGGCUGGUGAGGAGAGCGUUGACCAGGCUGAGAAGGAAGGGACAACAGCGUCGCCUCCUCUCUCCAACUCUCCUCCCAGAUCAUGACCUAUCAAGACCACCUCCAUCACAUGACCAUCAUUCCAUCCAACCACAGCACCACUCAACUCUCCGCCGUCACUAUAGCAACGCCAUGUUUACAUUCUAACCACUAGAUUAGUAUAUUUUAAAUUUUCUUCAAGCUAUCUUCAUUCACAAGCCUCAAUAUAGGAACGUGGCAGAUCAAUCUGUUUUAGCGAGGGUGUAGUGUUGUGUUUCCAACAGCUUUUAGUCCCCUCUACUGGAAAGUGGUAUUACUAGCACCAUGGAAGUCUGUACAUAAGAACCCACUGUUUAACAGAGCAAAGGUAACGAGGUAAUGGGUUGAAAUACACAACUUGAAUUGAGAAUACCUCAUAGAAACAUAUGAGCAAUAUUUGAAUGAACUCAUAUGAGUUGUAGGCUACUCUUAAGGUAGUUGUUGGUACUACAGAAAACCAUGGUAAUAACUCCUAUAGCAUGAUCCAUUUCCACACAGCCAUAAUGAUAAACACACCACACACCAAUACAUUCAAGUCAGGCUAGCAUAGCAGAUCAUUCUAACAGUGUGCUGUCCUGUUGCAACAUUAUGAGUGUUCUUUUCAAACUCACCUAGAAGUAUAACACAGUAAAUAUAAACCUUGGGUGUGUUCGUAAAUUCACUGGAGUGCCAGAGUGCGCUCUGGGCGUUCGUAAAUUCAAAGCGUUGUCAGAUUGUCCGUUCGUAAAUUCGGAGUGUUUCGCUCUGGUCGAAGAGUAGGGUUGAUCCGAGCCUUCUGACCUCACAACGGCAGUCAAGCACCCAAGCUAACAGACUAACGUUGGCUCGCUUGCUAGCUUCUUCCAGACAAAAAUGAGAGAACACCGCACUCUGACCAUUUUACUCAUUCUAGCAGAGCUGGUUAGGCUGUUUUUGUUAUCCAGAGUGUUGGUGACUGUAACUGUGAUGCUGGCAAACAAUUUCAUUACGCUUUUUUUGCCUACGUUUACUGACACCGGCCAUAUUCAAUGUGUGUUGAGCGUGAGUAAAUUCAUCAGAUGAGCGUGCUCUGAAAUCGGACUAGAUAGCCAGAGAAAAUUUACAAAGCAAAGCCCAGUUGGCAAGAGAGAGAAACUCCAGAUGAAUCACUUUAUUAGCAACAAAACAGAAAUAUAACGUUACUGUACUGUAUCAUAGUUAUUCAAACGGACUAAAAUAAUAUCAAAUCACUAAUUGUAUCAAGACAUCUACACUUCAUUCAUAUGUAUCAAUGAAAACUAGAAAAAAAGUAAAAUAGUAAACUAAACUCUUAAGAUGCAGUCACUCAGAUGGCGACAAUGAUAUCCCUGUGUGUGAUUCUGAACUCACAUUUUGAAACAAAAGCCUGCCCGUCUCUCUGCCCUUUUGUUGACACCAGACAGGUUGUCAUAGUAACAUUAUUUUACAGUCCUGUUUCACUUACCUGGUAUUUACUAAGGAAUUAUUGGAUAACAUUGUAUUCUUUCUUCAACACAACUGGUACUAAAUGUUUCAUAGUGGUGCUUGUUUCACUGAAUCCCAAAGAACCCCAAAAGUAGUUUUAUUGUAAUUAUAAUGUAAUACCAUUUUACUGUGUCUAGUAAAUGGCAACUAUGGUGAGAAAAGUUCGCUAGAGCACAUAAUGAUCUGGGACCAGGCUAGUCAUAGGCUCUGUGUCGGCUCAAUAUGUGGUAGUUAGUGUGAAUAGUGUAAAUACUCUGUUAAAGCUGAUCUGAGGUCAGCUCUGGGGCCUUGCCCUGAUCUCUGUGUGUCUGUCACUGACACAGGGCAUUGACACCCAAGUGUUACACCUACGAGCUGUAUUGUAUACUAAUGUUUUGUUUAGUUUCCAGCAGCAGAGAGCAGUGGAAGGCCCUGCUACUCUGUCCUCCAGCAGGGAGAUGGGUAGGCUCGGAUAUGAGAAGUUAGAUAGGAGAGAUUUGUGUAUCUGUUCUGUACUCUCUAUUUCUAUGUGCUGUAGUCUGAUCUGGUUGGUAAGGACUCAAAUGCAUCAGUAGUAUUGUAUCGGAGAGAAAUGGAAGAUUGAUGAACAGGCUAUAAAAGACAGAAUGUCCACAGAUGAACAAAUAGACAGACCGACAGAUGAAUGUACAGUACGGAUAGAUAGAUGGACAGAUUAAUGAAUCGAUGGAUAGAAUGAUGACCUGCUGAGAUAAUUUAUGUUUGCUACUUGAGUGUCAAUGCAACUGAAAACAAGUAAUCUGAUUUAAUUUAAAGAAAUAUUGCUGAAACAUUGUUAUAGAAGUACUAAAUACUGAUGCUGAAAAGCUAUCUGACAUGGUGCUUGAUAUGGCCUAACCUAUUUUUGAGCUUAAAAGUUAGCCGUUAUAAAGAAAGAGCAAAGCAAAUAUGUAUAUUCAAUAAUACAGCAGUAACAGCAGUAAUAACAGUAUUUAAUGUAACAGAAGAAUAAGAAUGAUAUGUACAGAUGUAGGAUCUUAAUUUGAUCACUUUUGUUGCUGAGAUUAUUCCUGUUCUAAAAAGGCUUCUAAAGUUUGUAAUUUCCACUUUGAAAUUUCAGACUUGAUUUUCCCUAAUGAGAAAUGCAUCAACCCCUACAAAUUUGGCCAUUAAUUAUAAUCCACGUAAUAAAUCACAUUUCCUGUUGCUGCAGAAUUUUUUCCUGCUGUAGCAAACUGGCUCAAAUUAAGAUUCUACAUCUGUAAUAAUUCGAACUUGUACACAUCACGAAUGUAAACAAUUAUUGAAGGGAAACUUAUUUUAUUUUCUCCACUUGUCACUUCAUGUUUGUAGAUGUGGCAAAAUAGUGAAAUUGUUAGAGCUGAGGAGUAGAUUUCCUCUCUGUUAAUUCAUCAUACACUAUGUUAUUAUACAGUAGAAUGUAGAUGUAUAAUACAAUUUUGUUCCUCUUCCUUGACAUUGAAAUAUGCAUUACUUUGAGCAUAAAACACUCGCUUACCUCAGAUUAACAAUAUUUAACAACUCUUUACUUUGAGUACUAAACACUCUCUUACCUCAGAUAAACAAUAUUUAAUAACUCAAUAAUAUAACACAAGGAUUCCUUCACAAAUACUAUCUCUUUAUCAACAACCAAAUGGAGGCUUCAGUUUAGUUCAUUUCAUUUGUGUUUCUUUCUUUUUCUUGUUUGAUGAGGAAGAUGUUUAAUCAGGUGCCGUCUGCUGGUCACACCUCAAUAUUCUAGUAUUGUAGAAGGGUUUCCAAGGCUUUCUCUGAACGAUUAUAUAGGUUGUGAAGAACAGGUUUUGGAACCAUGAAAAAAUGAUAUGCAUGUCUUAAGCUAUGUAUUGGUUAUGCCAUUCCUUGGGCGUUUCUCCUGACCACAUGACCUCGGUCCUAGACCUGGGUGGGUAUUCAACUCUUACACUACAAGAUCCGGAGCCUGCUGCUUUUCUGUUCUACCUGAUUUACUAAUUGCACCACCUGGUGUCCCAGGUCUAAAUCAGUCCCUGAUUAGAUGGGAACAAUGAAAACAUGCAGUUGACCUGGCUUUGAGGUCCAGAGUUGAUUUUGAGGGUCCUGUGCUAUAAUGCUUGGGUUUUUUCUGCUCGGGUCAUAUGGCCAGUAAAACUCCUGGCCCCAGCGUUCCUGCCCUUUGGCCAGAACUGGAGAUUAAAAUGGAGAAUAGAAGGCAGCGGAGAAAUAGUGAGAAUAUGUUUUUCUUUGUAUAUUUUACUACACGCACAGAGAGACUGAGUCUCUGCAGUAUGUAUGCAUGAGUCAGCGUGUAUGUUUAGGAGAGUGUUCUAAUGUCCUUGGUUUUUAAAAAGAGUUUUACUGGUUCACUUACAACAUGAAGAAUACAAUAGUCCUAAAAUGCACACUAUCUUCCAGUGUCUGUCUGACAAUAGACCAAUUCAUAUCCUCUUCACAACUGAACUGAAGGCUAACGGUAUAACUGAAUCAUUGUAAACUAGAGUGGUAGGGACCAUACAGUGAUGUGUUCUGCUGACUGGAUUCCCAUCUCUACAAAUCGCCUUGAAAUACUGUAUAUAUAUAUAAAUCAAAGAUGUACAAUAAUCGCUCUAAUAUUCCAACAAUAAUCCACUUUCUUCAUGAGUGUAUGUGAUUACAAAGUAAAUUCUUUUUAAAAAUGGCACCAUAGUGUAAAAAAAAAAAGAUUACUACUCAAAUGCUUUAACAUAAUGAUGGUAUGAUUGCUAUGAUAUUGUAUGCAUUAAAGGAAACGCUAUGUUGGAUAUAUUGUAUGUUUAAACACUGGCAAUGCAAGGAGGUCCACAGUCAAAAAUACUUAGUGUCAGGUUCCCAGAUUUGGCACAUAGCUGAACUUUUAACGUGGAUGGAGAUAUUUGAUUGGUCCUUAAUAUUUAUCGUAGACCAGGAGCCAAUGCUCUUGCUCUGUGAGGACCAGUGUAUUCUCUGGUCCAUAUAUUUUACCAUCAACUAAUUCCAUCUGGCCUGAGUAAGCUAGCAUGCAGGUGAAUAGACUGAGUUGUCAAUGAGAAGACUGUUAGCAAUCACCAGGGCCUCAUUUACUAAGCAUCUGCACCAGUGCCAUGUUUACACCUGCUCGGUUCAAAAGGGAACGAGUCAUAGAACAAAAGGUCAAGGGACAAGUAAAGUCUGUUUUCUGUUUCUAGCUUUGUAUCUCAUCUUAUAAUUUCCUCCGAAAAGAGCAAGUGUAAACAUUGCACUGCUUGGUAAAUCAGGCCUUGGUUUUUGUUUUGGUGAGGUGUGAGUUCUGUGACACUGGACUGUCCCCUUGAACAUGUGUGCUUCAUCACAGAGCUCUGUGUACUGACAGAGAGUUCAACGCAGAGCUCUGUGUACUGACAGAGAGUUCAACGCAGAGCUCUGUGUACUGACAGAGAGUUCAACGCAGAGCUCUGUGUACUGACAGAGAGUUCAACGCAGAGCUCUGUGUACUGACAGAGAGUUCAACGCAGAGCUCUGUGUACUGACAGAGAGUUCAACGCAGAGCUCUGUGUACUGACAGAGAGAUGGAAUGAAGAAUAAAAGAUACACCUGAGCAA